AUGCUCAUUCCACCUUAUCAGAAAUUUCUGAAGGAUGCUGUUCAGCAAAGAACCAGGGAAGCACAAGGGAUGGUAGUGUUGACUCGUGAGUGCAGUGCAAUCAUUCAGCGGAAGGUCAUCUCCGACAAAAAGGAAGAUCCGGGGAGUUUCACUUUGCCCUGCAUGUUGGGACCCCUAUCUUUCAAAAACAGCCUCUGCGAUCUAGGAUCAUCUGUCAGCCUCAUGCCUUUGUCUGUAGCAAAGAGACUGGGAUAUCACAAGUAUCAAGCCUGCGGAAUCUCACUAGUCUUGGCAGAUAGAUCGAUAAGGUUACCAACUGGAAUGCUUGAAGACCUGCCUUUGAGAAUAGGGAAUGUAGAAAUCCCCACCGACUUCAUUGUGCUUGAGAUGGAUGAGGAACCAACAGAUCCAUUGAUACUAGGAAGGCCAUUCCUAGCUACAGCAAGAGCAAUGAUAGAUGUCUGUGAAGGAACAAUUGAGCUAAACUUGGGAAAGGACCUAAGGAUGAAGUUUGAUAUCAAGGAUACAAUGAGGAAACCAACAAUAGAAGGUCAGCUCUUUUAUGUUGAGGAAAUGGAUCAGUUGGCAGAUGAGCUUUUAGAAGAGUUAUCAACAGAGGAUCCCUACAAUUUGCGAAGUCAUGGCAGUGAGCUCGAUCAAGAGCUCGAUCGAGUCGGCCUCGAACAAACGAACUCGAUCGAGCUGGGGACUGAAUGCAAGGAGCAAGCUCAAGGAGAUUGGUCUGAGCUCAAGGCGCCUAAAGUCGACCUCAAACCUUUGCCUGAGGGCCUCAGGUAUGCAUUUCUGGGUGAAAACUCAACUUACCCUGUCAUUGUGAACUCUGAUUUGGAACCUGAACAGUUGAGUGCUUUGCUUGUUGAAUUGAGGAAGUACAGAAAGGCAAUAGGUUACACUCUAGAUGAUAUCAAGGGGAUCUCCCCUGACCUAUGCAUCCAUAGGAUUCAUCUAGAGGAUGAAAGUAAGUCAAGCAUUGAACCUCAGAGAAGAUUGAACCCCAAUCUAAAGGAAGUAGUGAAGAAAGAGAUACUCAAGUUGCUUGAUGCUGGGAUAAUCUAUCCCAUCAGUGAUAGCACUUGGAUAUCUCCAGUUCAUUGCGUCCCAAAGAAAGGGGGGAUCACUGUCAUUAAAAAUGACAAAGAGGAGCUGAUUCCCACUAGAACAAUAGUGGGGCAUCGCAUGUGUAUUGACUAUAGGAAGUUAAAUUCAGCAUCUAGAAAGGAUCAUUUCCCUCUCCCUUUCAUUGAUCAGAUGUUAGAAAGAUUAGCAAACCACCCUUUUUAUUGUUUUCUUGAUGGCUACAGUGGUUUCUUCCAAAUCCCGAUCCACCCUAAUGAUCAGGAGAAGACCACUUUCACAUGCCCUUAUGGUACCUUUGCUUAUCGAAGGAUGCCAUUUGGGCUGUGCAAUGCCCAGCUACUUUCCAGAGUGCAUGACCUCCAUUUUUUCAGAUCUGAUAGAGGAGAUGGUAGAAGUCUUCAUGGACGAUUUCUCAGUCUAUGGAGCAUCCUUCUCCUCAUGUUUGUCUAA